AUGCUUGUAGCAGCCACCUUGAGCUUGCUGUUGCUUGAUAUUGGAAACGUUUUUGCAAACCAAUGCUUUCCACGAAGUUACAUAAUCAUAAAAGACAACGAGGAAUGUGCGGAGGGUGAUCCAUGUGGUUUCAAUACGAACUGUACAAACACUGAUGGUUCUUACACGUGCGAGUGUCUAUCUGGGUAUGAAGGGAAUGGAACAAAUUGCACAGACAUCGAUGAAUGUGCGGAGGGUGAUCCAUGUGGUUUAAAUACGAAUUGUACGAACACUAAUGGUUCUUACACGUGCGAGUGUUUAUCUGGUUAUGAAGGGAAUGGAACAAAUUGCACAGAUAUCAACGAAUGCGAAACAAUUGCUCCGUGUCAUUCAAAUGCAACUUGCACAAACGCGGAUGGAUCAUACUACUGCGCUUGCAAAGCAAACUACAGUGGAGAUGGCUUCUUUUGUGAAGCGUGUGAAAUGGCUCUCGGGAUGGAAAAUGGUAAUAUUAAUGAUGAACAAAUCACAGCAUCAAGUGAACAUGAUAUAAAUCAUCGCGCGGCUAAUGGAAGAUUGAAUUUUACCCCACGAGAUGGAAGAAAAGGUGCAUGGGCAUCAGGGAAAAUUGAUCUUCAUCAGUGGCUUCAGGUUGAUUUCCAAAGAUCUACUCUGGUCACAGGAAUCAGUACGCAAGGACGCAACAACAACAACGACAAUCAGUUUGUUAAGAGUUACACCGUUUCUUUCAGCCAAAAUGGGGAAUUUUUUCAUAAUUACAAACAGAAAGAAGCCGUCAAGCGCUCUUUACACACACAAGGAUGGCGUCGAUGAACAACAGAAACCUGG